UUGAGCUUUGGCGCUCGGGGAGCCCAGGAGCACAUGCACACAGUGGCUACACGGAGUCAGCAAUCAUACGGGCAGGCAGGGAGCAGUCCAGUCACACGGUGUGAGGAGACGCGCACACUGCAGGCCACCCUCAGGACGAACGGUUCUUGAUUACUGGCUAAUUGGACGGGGAUAAGGAAGUGGUUUUUGUCGAGUCUUGCCCUUAAUGCGACAGCGUCGGAAUCGCUCCUCCCCGUGAUAAGCGUACCAAGGCGAGUGGAGAAACUAAUUGGCGCUUAGUUGCAACGGGUUGCUUCACUUACGUCCCCGUCAGCUCACUUUGUAAAACUCUUCCAUCUGGAACAAUCUCAACAGUUUCCGACGUAUUGACAGUCAGUGAUUCCCACCUUCGCGUUGAUUCUACCCACGAGCAACUGCAAUCGCAUCAAGCCGGCUUUAUAGAAAGCGGUCUGCACACAAGCCGCCAGCUAUAUUUUGACCAUUGGUUUGGUUACAUUGUUGCUUGAAGUCUCGACACGAUGGGAUGUUACCUGCGGAAAAUUACGGUGGAGAAUGUGAUCAGACUCCUGUUUGCCACGGCGGUCUUGCAAGGAGCGUCCGGCAAGGAGAAUCUCUACCUGCUGGGCUUGUUCCCGACCUACGAGAACCAGUCCAUGGCCAGCAUCGGCAAGGACUGCCGCGAAUCGGCCAGGCUGGCCCUGGAACACGUUAACGCCGACCCGGACGUCCUGAGCGAUUUCAACCUUAAAAUGAUCGAACUGGACACCUUGAAUAACGAGGGUUGGACGGUGAACGAGUUGCUUCAAGAGCUGCUGAUUAACGUCUCCAACCGGACGAACGACCCUAUCAUGAUCAUCGGUCCGCUGCGCAACGAAAUCACCGAGAUUGUGUCGCUGACCACCAGCUUCUGGCACCUGGUCCAGAUCUCUUACGGAUCUCACGAGCCUCAUCUGGGCGACAGGACGCGGUACCCGUUCCUGUACCGCACCAUCAUGUCCAACACAGGCUACAACGACCCCCGCCUGCUCAUGAUCAAACAGUGGGGGUGGCAGCGGGUGGCCACGCUGGGGCGAACCGAGUCCACCAUGGCCAUGGAGGACAUGCACACAAAACUCAUCAACAGCAGCAUCGAGAUCAUCGCCAAGGAGAAUUUCGACGACGAUUUGGUGCAGCCGUUCAAAUUCUUCGAGGAAAAAGAUGUGCGGAUUAUCGUUGGAAAUUUCUACGAAUUUCUUGCCAAGAAAGUGUUUUGCGAGGCGUACCGAUCCGGUCUGUACGGGCCCAAGUAUGUCUGGAUGAUCUUCGGCCAUUACGAGCCAAACUGGUGGCUGGAAGGAGACUUGUACGGCUGCACCAAGGAGGAGAUGAGCGCCGCCGUUGAGGGCGCCAUCUCAGUCGGCUUCCAGACACUCAGCACCCAGGACGUGGAAACCAUUGGCCAAAUUACUCCGUCCCAGUACCGCGACAUCAUGCUGAACAAGACAGGCACGGACUACCGGGUGGAGAUCAAGCCCACCCCGUACGCCUACGACGCGGUCUGGGCGGCCGCGCUGGCCCUGAACAACUCCAUCGAGCUCAUCAAGCCCAAGACCCUCGACCAGUUCUUCUACAACGAGACCCGGAUGACGCAGGCGAUCUGCAUGAGCCUGGACCAGCUCAGUUUCAUGGGCGUGUCUGGUCUGGUUUCAUUCGACUCCAACGGAGACAGGCGAGGCGAGUUUCGAAUCCGGAGAAUCAUCAAUGGUACCGACUACGACAUCGGCCAUUACAACCGGGUCACAGAUACCAUCAGAUGGUACUACACAGUAGAAGAGAUAUUCGCGUCCAGUGGCGGCAAGCCACCAGACGACAACGACAUCACGGUGACCGAGUACCACAAGGACUCAGUCUCCUACGAGCUCUUCGUCAGCAUGACCGCCUUCGCCUCCGUCGGCAUCGCCAUGGCUUGCGGCUUCCUCGCAUUCAACGUCUUCUACAGGAACGAAAGGCUGAUCAAGAUGUCUAGUCCCAACCUCAACGAUCUCAUCAUUGUGGGAUGCAUCAUGACGUACGGGACGGCCAUCCUACUGGGAGUGGACGCCAGACUACUCAGUGAUGGGCAACUGCAGAUAAUGUGUCAGGUUCGGGCAUGGCUGUUUGGCAUCAGUUUCACUCUGUCCUUUGGAGCUAUGUUCUCGAAGACCUGGCGCGUUUACAGCAUUUUUACCAACAAGAAAUUACAAAAACGGGUUAUCAAAGAUUAUCGGCUGUUCGCGAUGGUGGGCGUUCUCCUGCUCAUAGACAUCGCGAUCCUGGCUCUAUGGCAGAUCUUAGACACCGUGGCGGUCACGAUCAAAGUACUCAGCGAAAAGGAUGACCCAGAGAGACCGAACACCAUAGUGGUUCUACAGCAGCACAACUGUUCGGGCAACCUGUCUACGUACUUCAUAUGGACCGUCUACAUCUACAAAGGUCUCCUGCUUGUCUUUGGCACAUUCAUAGUCUGGCAAACAAGAAAUGUGAACAUACCGGCCCUGAACGACAGCAAAUACAUCGGGCUGUCCAUCUACAACGUGGUGAUUUUCAGCGGGCUGGGGGUGCCGCUGUCGUACCUCCUGGCUGACAACAGCGGCUACACGUACGCCAUAGUCGGCGGCCUCAUCAUCUUUUGUACCACGCUCACGUUAUGUCUACUAUUUCUUCCCAAGGUUUUGAGAAUCAUCUACGGUUACGCGCCGGAGGAGGUGGGCACCCGCGUCAUGUCCAACAUCAACGGGCGGCAGGGCACGCGGAACGGCCCGUGCGAGGAGCGGACGCGGAGCGUGGUCAUCGGCGGAGAGUACAGCACCGUGGUGCAGGACGAGCGGGAACGCUCCAGCGAAGCCAAAAUCUGAACAAAAAAAACUAUCCAUUCGUGCUGAACUAUCUCGCUCUUCAUUGUAAAUACUACUACCCGGCCUGUACAAAUUAAAGAUUCUGCUUCUAUCUUCUCGAACGUGUUCUUCUUGACAAAAUAUCACCGUCAACGGUUCGCAAAUCUACAGUGUCUUUGACAGUGAACAUUGUGGUGAAUAUUCUCUAAGUGUUCACUCCGAACUUAUCAAGAGACAACAUCAACUAAUGGAAAUGGCAAAAGUACGAUAACCCUCCAUAGUGUACUUCCUGACGAUAACAUCGAAAAGUUCUACAGUGCGUGUCUUUGACGGCGAACAUUUCUAGUGAACAUUCUAUGUUUUAACUUCAAUCUUCUCAAGUGAUUUACAGGAAGUGCUCAGCGUCGUUACGGAUUGAAAAAUCUCUUCUUGGAAUUGAUAUCUAGGGAACAACCCAACGAUUACUUGGAUCAAAUUCCAAAAAGGAGCUUGUCAAGCAUCUCACCCCGCUCCCCUUAUCCUUAACGCUUCCGGGGGGAAAAACACCGCGCGCGGCCCCUCGAACGUGACCUCCUGCAAAGGAGGCCCUGCCGCAAAUCAGACCUGAUCGGUAUUUUUUUGCGACUUUCAUCGACCAGGGAACUCGACCUUUAUGUUUCUCUUCCCUUUCUGCUUCGGAUUUCAGCCGAAAUGUCACCCACUUUUCCUCCAGGGGUAGUACGUGACGUGCUAUUUUUGGAAAAAGCUUAUGGAUUACUGUGCAGCCGUGAAUUGCUUUGGGACUUAUUAGAGCACCUGCUUGAUGUAGCGUGAACAUUACCGAGGAGAAAAAAAAAUGUUCUCAUUUUAGAUUAUGUGCGUCAGUCCAGCUAAGGGAAGAUUCCAACUGAAAAGAUUUCAACUCGUAUAAGCAUGUCAUCCGGCAGGGGUAUUCAUUUUUUCUUCAAUCCUGUGUGAAAUAUUUGCACCGCAAACGAAUCUUAUCUAGUGUCAAGGAAAAUGUCAUUUUCCUCCCAAAACGCCAAGAUAACGUGUAGUUGGAUACCCCGUCUGCUUCCGCUGUUGAUAAAAAAACGAGACGUGAUUGCGAUCAUUGUUGACGUAGUCGACGGAUUAUGAAAAACCACAAUUUACUGGUCAGGGGAAACGACGUCACUGGUCACUCUUGUCAGCAAAAUCUGGACUCUCAAGGGCUGAAGGAGUCUUUAAAACAAAAUAUUGUCUUAGACGAUAACACACGUAGAGCAAAGGUCGCAUUGGUGAUAGACUAAUGUGAUCUUUAAUAGCCUUAUCUGCAGAAUCGCUGCCCUCUGCGUGACCUCUACACGAUCGGAUUUCCGCUCGUGUCUGAGCUGAUUGCAAUCGCCAAAAAAAACAAAGAUGGCAUCGGACAUUCACACUGGACUUGAUGACGAGGCUAUCGUAGCACCUUGGCUUCAUCAUCAGAUAACGGCUAUAGCAAUGACGCCAUGGCACCAGGGACAAGGCGCCUCGGUUUCUUCGUCUUCUGAUGAGUCGGUGUGAUAAGCCGUCCCUCGAGAAGUUGCACAGGACACCUUGCUGUGAGCAGUAAAACAAGGAUACAGAGAUAUGAUAUUUAUUUAUUUUUUAAAUUCUCAUUUCGCCAGAGGAUCCCGCAGGAAAUGAUAAGCCUUGGACUACGAGAGGGAAAAAAACUGAAUUUAAAAAGACAAAAAAGAGCAUAAUGAAACCUGUAGUUGUCAUACACAUAGAAUAAGUUAACGGGGAAUCUAACGCCAAGUAAUUGAGUUUUCUCGAUAAUUCGUAAUUUUUUUUAAUUUUUUUUUUUUUAUAACAUUGAGGGUUUCCUUGAAGCGAUCAUUAUGUAAAGACAGCCAAUUUAGGCCCAACGGAUGUUCUUUAUUUCUUCUCGCCGGCAGCAUGUGCAAAGCCAUUGUGUUAUAGCUUACCAGGAAUUGUAAGAUUCUCGCUUUUUAAUAAUAACUACUGCAGUGUCAGUAUAGCAUGCGGUGGGAGUUGGGAAAUGAUCUGGUCCACAAGAAGCAUCACUGGAAAAUCCCAGUUAUCGAGUAUUGGUCCCGACCUUUCAGACUUAGUUUAAGCACAAUUUGCCAAAUAUCCUUCUCGGUCUCACCGACGAACAUCGAUGUGUAUUUUUUUUUUAUAUCAGAUACAAAUUACAAGUGCUAUGUACAAAUUAAUGAGAAAACCUAUAUUAUAUCUGUAUUGUUAAAUUAGUAAAUACCAAGUAGGAUUAUGUAUACUAAGUAUUAAUUUAUUACUACCACAUUAACCGUUAAGACUGUCUUACACCGUAACAUUUGGGCGAGCUUUAUAGGUGACGGAUUGAUUGCAUUAAUCAUUUUUUUUCUAUACACGAUCAAAAGACCGACUGACUGACUUACUUGACUUUGAAAUAUUCCCUAUACCUGUUUUGUAACAUUGCUUAUUAGAACAAGAGUAUCCUAAAGAAAUAUAUAUAUUGACGAGUUGACGAUUUGAAAGACUUUUUUGACCGACUUUUUUUUGUAAUUGUUUCCUGAAAAUAAGCAGAGUUUCGGGUUAUACCAGUGUAGAAUGAAAUUGUUGUGUGUUUUGCUUAAGAUUUGAAUUUUAAGAUUCAUUACAUAGUGGCUUUUAAUUUUACUUGCCAGCCGCGUUUCAUGCCGCGGAUAUUUUAAUUUCAUCGUGCGAGCCGCGUUUUGUGCUGCGGACAAUUUUCGCGUAUAUUGAGGAAUGUUCACACUACCUGUCGAUAGUUGGGUUGAUUUACUCCUUCUGCGUUUGCGUUGGAGAAAAAAAGUCAUGAGUUUUGCCUUAGAGUUUGAAUUGAAUGGUUUGCUGAAGAAAUCACGUUGCACACAGAGGAACAAGACGGACUGACGAAGAAUUUAUAUUGUAUGGACUGAUAAAAGAACCCAAAACCCAAACCAUAAUAUACUGACGGACCGACCAUACUGACCAACGAAUCCUCGACUUAUUACGCAGCCAAGAUCAUGUGACCGACUCUGACGAAUGUGUAUUAGACGUGGCUAAAAUAAAAUGACCAACGAACACUACCAAAAAAGAUUUGGACUUCUGUUAUGAAAAAGGCAAAUAAAUUCACUAAAUAACUGUCCAAAGUCUAAAAGCUGCGAAUGCGAAGCGAAUUUGACUUCAGGAAAAUGAAAUGUUUUCAACUUUUGAGAAUUCACAGCGCGAAUAUUUGACAUAACGUCCCAAAGUCGCAUUCGCGUGCUCUUUCGCACCGAGUAUAUAUUAAUAUGAACCGGCCUUGUUCAUUCCCUUUUUGUGAGUCUGCAUGCAGAAAACACCUAGCAAAUUAUAAAUGCGAAACCAAAAAAUACUGAAACGGCCUAACUUCGAAACACAUCGUAAUGGACGCAUGCAGAGAUCAUGAUCACAAAAAAACUAGAUGUCGCAAACAGUCGCUGCAGUUGAGACUAAUGCAACUCUGCCUUACUGUGCCCUUUGCAUUGGUCUGGAAUACAAGCCGCCGUUUUGUCUCAUUUCAAUGUUGCCACAUUAGUAAUGCAAAAUAAUCCUUAACUCUGCAAAAAAAAUGACACGACGACUGACGAACGACCACGGCCUUUGUUUUCUUUUCAUAAAGUCCGUGUUUUUUGUGGUUUUAAAUAAAUUGUUCAACUAGUCCAUGAAAAAUGACAUUUUGGAGUUGUUCUUGCAACGACAUAUCUUAUAGAGUAUGAUGCUUAUUAAAAUGCAAUGACUAUUGAGAAUUUAAGCGAGGAUCAA